AUGUUAAAGGUGGAAGAUGGAGACGACCUGAGCCGCGACAUACUUAAAAGUGACACGGGUGGUCUCAGCAUACCGGAGAUAGAUCUCGUUCUUCACCCCGGGACACACCAAAAAGUAUUUAACACGGGAGAUUCUGGGGUCGCAGAUGUCGAUGAUAAAGCUGGGUUCCAGGAGUUCUUGAGAAAGCUUAAGCAGGUCAAGAACGCCGAGAUACCAUUCACUUUGAUCCUGGAUGACCCUCUGGCGAACUCAUACGUGCGGAAUUUGUAUGCACCUGAUCCAGAUCCAAAUAUGGAGGUCGUCGCAUACGAGCGAACGUGGCAACAGAAUGAAGAUCUUGGAUUGAACGAUAUAAUAUGGAUUCGUAUAGCGGCGAUGAUAUGA